UAACAAAAUACACUCUAACAGAUCAUUUUCUAUGAUUGUAGAUGUUAACAGUCAGGCUGUAUUCCAAGCGCUAAAAGUUCGAAACCAUUUGAAACAAGAUGGAAGCUGGAUCAACAGUUCUCAAGAUGUUCAGGACACACAGUCAGAUGUAAAAGCACGGAAACCAGUAAAGCUAGUAAAGCCUAAGAAUGUAUCAUCGCCUGAGAGCAGUUCGGUUUCUUCCUCCUUUAUGCCAUGUGCACAGAGUGCCACCAUCUCCUCCAGCCUGGACUUGUCCACACCUCCUCAAAGCUCUGAUGUUAUGUCAGCCUUAAGGAAGUUUGAGCCCCUGAACUCAACAGAAAACACACCAGUCAGGAGUGGGUCCAAACUGGCGAAAAGUGUACAUCCUGUCCUUGAUGACUCCAGGAGAGCACAUGUAGAGGAUGAAGCGGAGACAUCCAUAGUCAAACCUGCAGAGCAACCAUUAAAGACACCUGCAGAUAUUCCUAAAACAGAUGUAGUGAAGAAACCAACAGAAAAACUUGUAGAGGAACCAUUGAAGACACAUGCAGACACUCCUAAAACGGACGUAGUGGAGAAACCUAUAGAAAUACCUGUAGAGGACCCAUUGAAGACACAUGCAGACACUCCUAAAACGGACGUAGUGGAGAAACCUAUAGAAAUACCUGUAGAGGACCCAUUGAAGACACAUGCAGACACUCCUAAAACGGACGUAGUGGAGAAACCUAUAGAAAUACCUGUAGAGGACCCAUUGAAGACACAUGCAGACACUCCUAAAACGGACGUAGUGGAGAAACCUAUAGAAAUACCUGUAGAGGAACCAUUGAAGACACAUGCAGACACUCCUAAAAUGGACGAAGUGGAGAAACCUAUAGAAAUACCUGUAGAGGAACCAUUGAAGACACCUACAGAUCUUCCUGUAAAGAACAUAGUGGUGAAACCCGCAGAAGAAUCAUUGAAGACACAUACAGAGACUCAUGUAGAGGAAACAGGGAAGACACUGGUAGAUGGAGCUUCAACAGAUCAAACACAAUCCAGUGGAGCGCUGCAGGAGAAAACAGUCAAAACUCUACAUGAGAACCCAGCAAAGCCUUCAGGUACACUGCCUCUAACAACAGAGUCAUCAACUAGAGCAACGACAGAACUGAUCGAAGAACCAGCCCUGGAAGAGCACCACAGACUGAACAGUGAAGCUGAUCUGAAUGUGAAAGGUAAAACCAUGUGUUCCUUCUGCAAGCUGCCCUUAGAUGAAAAUGUGAAAAUCUCCGUCAACAUUCCUGACAUUUGCUGCCGUCGGGAUUGUUUCAAGGUUUACUUUUUAAAAAUCUUUUCUUCCUCAGUACUCAGGUGA